CCGUAAAGAAGAAACUUCUCGCCAACUUGUGUCAUAAAGCAUAGGUUUCUUUGAAGGAUACUCGGCUGUUGCAACCUAAAGCUCGACUGUUUAACUCGCCUUCAAGCCUUCAGCAGACCGUGCGUGUGCCCUGGAGACAUCGUGCAUUAUCAGAGAUGGCGAAUCGUGAAAGGACUGUCCCUGCCGACUCAAUUAUGAGGUCUUUAUUAUAGCACAAGGGACAAGAGACAAAGGAGCAGAAAACUUGUGUGCAGUGUCAUCUAAUUUAACCACCAGACAAGAUAGGUAAUGUUACAAGAACAGUAAGCUAUGUCUGCCACCAACAAUCAAAUCCAGGUCCCAUGUUUGCACAGAAUAAAGAGUGAACCUAGCUCUAUAGCUGAUCUUCAUGAUCUAUGGAACAGCUCUGGUGGAACUCACUUCACACAUGAGCUUGCUACACAUAAUCAAUCAAAUUGGAAACAUGUAGAUGCUGUAAAACUGGAGUUAAACUCUCAAGAUGUCAUUGACUGUAUUAAAACUGAGCAAGUUCCUGGUCAAGAACUUUAUUCCAUAAAACCAGAGCAUGCUGCACACAUUGAGCAGUCAGACAGGAUGCAUGAAAGAGAUGUGAAACUGGAGUGCCACUUGUAAGACUUUACUUCUUCAGUUAAGUCUGAGCAGGAUCCUGUGCUUUGUACAAAGACAGAAGAGUUACUUGUGUUUAAACAAGAAGAUGAUAGUCACAUGAUGAAGACCGAGACAGACUGGCCUGGUCAGCACACAUUGGGGCAGCAUGACAGUGAUGAGAAAUUUCAAGAAGCAAGUGGCCAUAGGUGUAAAACUCCUGAGGUGAUAGAUGUUAUAACAAACAUUCAACAGCAUCAGACACAUCCAACUGUCACUGAAGUUGCCUUCGAUUCAGGGACAGGAAUUAACAGUGAUGCUAAACUUUAUCAGUGCCAAGUGUGUUUGUCUUCUUUCAGUUGCCCAACUCUGCUCAGGAAACAUGUGAUGAUUCACUCUGAUUUUCAAGCUGAGCAGUGCACUACAGUUGUGUUAGAAAGACUAGAUACUUUAAAACAGCACAAGGUAACCAAAAGUAGAGAGAGAUCUCACCAGUGCAGUUUGUGUAAAGCUAAGUUUAUAUAUUCAUAUCAGUUAAAUCGGCACAUGCUGACCCACAGUGAUGAGAAACUUCACCAGUGUAAUGUCUGUAAAGCAUGUUUUAAGAGCUCAUUAUAUUUAAAAAGGCACAUGUUGAUCCACGAUUAUAUGGAAUCUGAUGAUAUGGAACCUUACCAGUGCAGCAUAUGUCAUGUAACUUUGAAAACAUCAGCUUGCCUAAAAGAUCAUAUGGAUACUCACAUUGAUGUGAAACCUUACCAGUGUAGUUUGUGUGAAGCGGCAUUUAGGCUCCUCAAUCAGUUAAAAUCACACAUUCUGACCCACAGUGAUAAGAGACCUCACCAUUGUACUCAAUGUCAUUUAGCUUUUAACAGUUUAUCUAACCUAAAGAAGCACAUGGUUGCUCAUAGUGAUAUGAAUCCUCAUCAGUGUAGGGUAUGUAAAGCUGCUUUUAAGACCUCAUUCUAUUUAAAAAGGCACAUGCUGACCCACAGUGAUGUGAAACCUUACCAAUGCAGUUUGUGUGAAGCUUCGUUUAAGGUCUCGAAUCACUUAAAAUCACACAUGCUAACCCACAGUAAUAAAAGACCUUACCAGUGCACUGAAUGCCAUAUAGCUUUCAAAAGAUUAGAUAUCCUAAAAAAGCACAUGUUGACUCACAGUGAUGAAAAACCAUACCAAUGCACUUUGUGUGAAGCUGCAUUUAGGCUCCCAAAUCAGUUAAAAUCACACAUGCGGAUCCACAAUUAUAGGAGAACUGACCAUUGUACUCCAAGUCCUUCAGAUUUUAAAAGUUUAAAUAACCCACAGUGGCACAUGCUGUCACAUAGUGAUAUGAAGUCUCCCCAGUGUAAUAUCUGUAAAACUGUUUUUAAGACCUUGUUCUAUCUAAAAAGGCACAUGUUGACCCACAGUGAUAUGAAACCUUACAAGUGCAGUUUGUGUGAAGCUUCAUUUAAGUUUUCAGAUCACUUGAAAUCACACGUGCUAACCCACAGCGAUGAUAGACCUCACCAGUGUACUGUAUGUCAGAGAGCUUUCAAAAGAUUAGAUAUCCUGAAAAAGCACAUGUUGACUCACAGUGAUGAGAAACUGCACCAGUGUAACCUAUGUAAGAAAGCUUUUAGGCGGUCAUGUAAUUUAAAAGAUCACAUGCUGACCCAUCAGCCAGUGAUGAGAGAUGUAGCUAAUGCAAGAUGAAUCGGAUUUUUAGGCUGCCAGCCCAUUAAAAACAGCCGUGCUAUGUAAGGUUGUCUUUUUCUAAAUGAUUACUCUCAGUUCUUGUUUUUUGGUUCCUCUUUGCAUUUUUUGGUACUUGUUUUUAUUCAUCAUUAAUACUGUUGUUUAUUCCUUCUUAGUUCAUGUGUUAUUUGUUUUCUUGUCCCUCAUAUUCUGUCCAUGUUUCGUUCUUGUUCUUAGGUGCUAAAAGCAUGUUUCUUUGGCAUGUGAGUAUGCUUUUUACAAAUUUUGCAUUUGUUGUUGUUAUUUGAAAAAACACAUUGACAUUGCAUGAAGUGUGUACAUUGACCUUUAGGCUGCCAGCCCUUUUAUAAAGAUACUUGAUAAUUCAAAGUGAAGAGAAACCUCAUUAAUGCAGUGUAGGUCAGGGUUUACUUAGAAGAUCAAUAAUUUGAAAGAGCACCUUAAGCUCAGCACCUUUUACAGCUUGCCCUCUUUCUUCACACACAUGGCCAAUGAUGUCAUUAGCUAUAAUAAUUAAUCCAUUAUAUUACUCUUUUUUGCUUGUUAAGUAAUGUUAUGUUUAUAUUGUUUUUCAGCUAUGGUCAAUACGAUUUAACAUUUGCAGCAUAAUUCCUUUUUUAUUGAAAGUAAUAAAAAGUAAUGGGAAAGGUGAUUUUGUACUGGAGUAAUGAAUUUCUUUUGUUUGUUAUGUGUCUGUUCCUUUUGAGCCCUUGUAUAACUCAUUCUUUUGAUUCAUUGUUAUUUUUCUUCUACUUUGAAGUCUAAAAUAAGGAAUGUGGGUUU